GGAGGAGGGCGUGUUGCUAACGUGAGCAUCAACGACGAGUUCGGCCUGAAAUGUGCUCGCUGCUUCACUCUUUUUUUUUCCUCCCCUCCCUGUUGUCGAAACGAGCGGCCACAUGAAGAAGCCAAGGUGCACCGCGUAGUCUUUAACGCGAUUUCUCAAAGUGAUGAAAUGAGUUCGAAGUGAAUCUGCAAGAUGAGUCGAACAUCCAUGGAUUGAAACAUUAAACUUUCCAAGUGGAGAAGUGCCUGAAGGAAGGUUGAGAGAUGUCCGACGCUGUGUGACGGACGGCCAUGGGACCGGAGAGACGGUGGCUUCAGGCGAUCGCCACCGCUCUUGCCAUCUUUCUGCUAAAUGCGUCUCAAGGUUUGCCGUCAGUGGUUCGUGGCAGAGAGGGGGCCUCCGCGGAGCUGGGCUGCAGUCUUGCUUCAAAAUCCAAGGACGCCGCCAGCCCAAACCUCUUCCCGCUCCACGUGGUGGAGUGGGUGCGGCUCGGGUUCAACGUUCCCAUCCUCAUCAAAUUCGGAGUCUACGCUCCUCGAGUUCAUCCCAACUACAAGGGGCGGGUCUCUCUGACCCGCGGCGCCUCCCUGCUGGUGGAACGGCUGACCCUCGAGGACGAGGGCUGGUUCGAGUGCCGCAUCCUGCUCCUGGACAGCAAAACGGACGACUUCCAGAACGGCACGUGGACCUUCCUCUCCAUCACAGCUCCACCGGUGUUUAUCAGGACGCCGCCGACUUUUGUGGAGGUUCUGCUCGGAGACUCGCUGACGCUCAGCUGCGGCGCGCACGGCAACCCGCGUCCAACCGUCGUGUGGCACAAAGAUGAGAGCCCCAUUGACAAACACGAAAAAAUCAAAGUGCUCAACGGUACCUUGUCAUUGGCCUCAGCCACAAGAAGCGUUUCAGGAGUGUAUAAAUGCCACGUCUCCAACUCAGAAGGCAACCUGACGCACGCGACGCAGCUACAGGUCAAAGGUCCGCCAAUCAUCAUCAUCUCGCCAGAGGACACAACUCUCAACAUGUCCCAGGAUGCCGUUCUGCAGUGCCAGGCUGACGCUUACCCUUCCAACCUGACGUAUGAGUGGAUGAAACAAGGACAGAACGUUUACCACAUUGAAUCCAUGAGGUCCAGAGUGAAGGUUUUGGUGGACGGAACGCUUUUGAUCCCUAAUUUAAUCCCGGAAGAUGCCGGAAACUACACGUGCAUCCCGACAAACGGAAUACUGACUCCGCCCUCGGCCUCGGCACAUCUCAAAGUGCAACACCCCGCUCGAGUCCUGAGAAUGCCCAGGGAAACCUACUUGCCCUCUGGCAUGGAGGGGGUCAUCAUGUGUCCCGCCCAGGCGGACCCACCCGUGCUGUAUGUGAACUGGACCAAAGAUGGGAACCUUUUAAAUCUUGACAAUUUCCCAGGGUGGAUGGUGAACUCCGAGGGCUCGGUUUUCAUCGCAACAGCCAACGACAACGCGGUGGGCAUGUACAGCUGCACCGCAUAUAACAGCUACGGCACCAUGGGCCAAUCUGAGCCCACCCGGGUCAUACUGCAGGAUCCACCCACGUUUCAAGUGCCUCCUCGGCCCGAGUACCUUCAGGAGGUGGGCAGAGAUUUGGUCAUCCCCUGUGAAGCCACUGGCGAUCCCGCACCCAACAUAACAUGGAGCAAGAUUGGUUCUGCUCCCCGUUCCCAGUACUUUGUGUCGGCUAAUGGUUCCCUGCUGCUGCAGCCUCUCAGUAAAGACCACCACGGGGGCUGGGAAUGCUUGGCCUCCAACCGCGUCGCAACCGUCAGUGCGGGCACUGUCGUCAUGGUGCUGGGUACCAGUCCCCACGCAGUGUCUUCGGUGUCUGUAAACACGGAGAUCAACCAAGCUAAUGUGUCGUGGGUGCCCGGCUUUGACGGCGGAUACACCCAGAAGUUCACUGUGUGGGUCAAGCAGGCAUCAAGAGGAAAACACGAAUGGGCGUCUUUACCUGUGCCCACAUCCAAGAACUACCUGUUGGUCAGCAGUCUUCUGGCUGCGACCAGCUAUCAGUUCAGUGUCCUACCUCAGAAUAAACUGGGCUCUGGACCCUUCAGUCAAAUUGUCACUGUAAGAACCCAAGCCGUGCCAACCGAAGCCCCGACUGUCAUCACCACGCUUUUCGCGCUGGAACCGCCCACAAUCUUGUCGGCUAACCGGACCGGGCAAGGUGUUCUCCUCCUGUGGUCGCCUCCCGCGGAUCCGUCCUCUCCGCUGACAAGUGUUGUGCUGCAAGCUCGUCGGAAUCAGGGCCAGUGGCUCGUCCUCAGCAGCAACAUCGGCGCCAACGAGACUGAAGUCCUUGUACGGGGGCUGCUUCGCGACUCUCGUUAUGAUCUGCGGCUGCUGUCCCGCAGCAAUCAAGUGCGCAGCGAGCCAAGCGAUUUUGUCAGUAUAUCGACUGCAGGGAUGGAGGUUUACCCGCUGAGCACCGGUUUCUUGGAGCUGGUCCCUGGGCCGCUGCUGGCAGGCGUGGUCGGAGGCGUGUGCUUCCUUUUCCUGGCCAUCGCGCUCUCGAUGGUGACGGCUUGCUACAUGAGAAAUUGGAGAGAGCGUCGACGCGCCAAGAGACAACAAGAUGUUCCAUCUGCUUUCCGGAAGAGUCCAUCUUUAGAUGGUCGCUCUCCUCCCCGCAGCCCGGAUAGCGUCUUGAAGCUGAAGCUGUGCCCUCCUGUUCCCUUCUUCCCGACCUCCUCCUCACACUACGAUCGCUCCUCCUUCGAUAAAGGCAGUCGAGGAGAAUACCAAGACCAGCGCAAGCAACUUUUGGCGAACUCAUCCCCGCCACCGCAUUACACGCUCUUCGAAAGCCACUUGGGCUCGCAGGCUCCCUCGCCGACAUCUCUGGAGUCCAUUCACAGAGGCCCAGAUGGACGUUUCAUAAUCCAACCUCUGAUCGAGAGCUGCAGCCCCUCUCACAAAAAAAAUCUGAAGGACAUCUUGCAGAGCAACGGUGGCGCGAGUGGCUCAGGAAGCAACCGGACAUCAUUGCGGGACUCCCCAAAAUCCAGUACCUUGAGUUCCGACAAGGACGAGAAGAAGGAUUCUCCGCUCAGUGCGGAGGUCUUGGCACUUAGUAGGCCUUCCUCGUCCCCUGGAAGAGUGCGGGCCAUAGCUCGGAACCUGUCCCGUCACGGAUGCUUUUACUCCGACGAUGAACGUGGCUCGGAGAACCUGCUGGAAAGAGCCAGCUUCUAUUCAGACAACAGCGAGAAAAAAAACUGUGAUUCUCUGACAAGGUAUAGCGGGGCAGCCCGCACUGAAGACCUUUUCCCCAUUUUGUCAAGGAGAACCUAUAUUUUGGAUGGAGAUGCGGGGAGACCGCAGUCCUUAGGCUAUCAACCCAUGGCCAGUCUGCUCACCGAUGAUGGGACACUCAUCACACAAGUUGACAGCGAACUGGAGAGCGACAGCAUCAAAAAGUGCAUCCAGCUGGCCAAGGAGAGGGAAGAAAUGGAGCGUGAGCUCAAACGCUGUACCACCAAGAACACGGACCAAGAUGAUGGGAAAGAGAACCCUCAGUGUAGCACAGCCAAUCCAGAUGAAGACCCCGUGUGGAAACCGCAAGAUGUCACGCUCCGUCAAAAGCACAAGCCCUCAGGCCACACAAGUCGGCUCGCGGACUAUCGACGGGCUUGCUACUUUGGGAGCACCAGUAGCCCCACGGACAGAGUUUCUACUUCUCGCAUUGACUGGGACAUCAGCCCCGUAACAGCCGUAACGAAACUCGUUCCGGCAAAGAGCCAGUGGGUGAACACGUCAGGAGUACUACAGCGGUUACAGCGUUCUCAUUCGGGUGCAGAAAGUGCGGAGGACUCUCUCGGUGUUGGUUCGUCACACUCUCAGGUGACCCAGAACACUUCCCUUCCGUCGCCUUCCACAGACGUGACGUUUGAAAACCCCACCGUGCGAUGUUUAGCGACAUCGCCCAGAGCCAAGUCACUGAGUCCUCACAGGGGUCGGGAUAUGUGGAGUAAGGCCAGACCGCACGGUCUAAGGGAAAACGCCGUCGGGGGUGCUCCCUCUCGCUCCAGGAAUUCCUACGCUUAUGGCACUCGGAACUGGGAUUCGGCUUCUCAAAGUCCUUUGGUCUACACGAAGCGUCCUGAAAGUCCACCUUUUACUGCUUCAACAUCAUACACAGCCACAAGGGAUCCCAGUCCCUCCGCUAUCGCUACCUUACCCUAUGAGCAUCAAGUUCAAGCAAAUGCCAGAGACGGGAAUCAUAAAGGCUCCGAUGAGCAUCAAAACUUGGAAUCAGAAAGAGAAGGUGUCCGAGCACGCUCCAGGAGGAGUGAAAAAUGUCUUUUCUCCGAUAGUCCCAGCCCAAUGUCCACGUUGACUCUUGUAGAAGAAGCUGAAAGUCAACCAUCCCAAUUUGCUAUCCCCAGGAUGUCCGGACUGUUCAAGACCAAGCCAGCUCCGUCUCCUCCUAAAAUGUCCUCAGUCCAGACGAGCGCGAUUCUGGAAUAUUUGAGCCUCCCGGGUUUCAUUGAGAUGAGCGUAGAUGAACCUGUGGAGGAAGCGGAGGUUGCAGACACCGCUGGACAAUAUUUGAAGCAGAAAUCUGGAGACUCCUUCGUGGCUAAACCUGAUGUAGUCCCGAAAAACUGGGAGGUUCAUGUCCAGGAAUCUGCAGAAACCGAAUCAACUAAAAUGAAGGGUUGCUUUGAAGCAUCGCUUUUGCCAGAAAAACAUGGCUGCCAGCCUCUGGUUCAAGCAAGGGAGUCGCUACUUCGCGUAAGGUUUCCGGACGACAGAAGACCACUAUCAGUCGCCCCAGAGAAAACCAGCAAACAGCUAUACAAUGAAAAGACACAGAUUCGCGCUGAGAGUAAAAGCGCCGAGUCCAGACUGGGCUCCAGACCAGCUCACACUUUGCUCAGUGCCGCGAAAGGGAUGGUAGAUAUCGUGUCAAAACAUUCUCCCGGCUUUGCGGACAGCAGCGAGCCUUUAUCAGAGCCAUCCCAAAGACAAACCUCUCAGGGCAACAGGACCAAUAACAUCGCAUCGCGAAUAAGUCAGGCCCCGACGCCAUUUCUGAAGAAAUCCUUCAGCGUCGGCCCUUGUAGAACUCUCUCAGGUGCGACACCGCCCCGACCGUUCCUGAAGAAAUCCAUCAGUUUCGGUUCCCCCAGAUGGGAGCACUUUGAGACCCCGAGGACAUACAUCUCGGAGAAAUAUUACUGGGAUGAGUUCCCCAAGCCGGAUGUCAGAGUGAAGUCCUACAGUUUAGAUCGCAGUCCAUCUUCCUUUCUCAGACCGGGUCCUUCCUGGAGAGAGUACAUCCCCCUCAGGCGUCCCACCAUGGGGAGCUUAGAGAGACCCCCGUGUGCGCAAAGAUCCAGUCCUUCCUACUUCACUCCUUCCAUGUGCCCACCCAGAGAAAACUCAGUGUCGCCAAUGUCGGAACACUGCGAUCCACGAAGGCAUGCGGCAGUUUUCACUGAUUCCUCGAGGUGGUCGCCCUCCUAUCCAGACACGCUGAGGUCUGCCCAGUACAAGUAUUUCCCCCUGUCCUCCUCCAACCCAAUCCCCAGUUAUCAACCCUGGCCAGGACCCAGACCCGAGAACAUCAGGCUGAUGGACCCCAGAACGGGGCCGGCGAGGUCUUACCUCCCCAGGGGUCUCAGCUGGCCCUCACCCUACGGCGUGCCUUUCCCUCAGAGGGAGGGGGACCCUUACAGACAAGCAGAGCGGACGAUGAGGAGGGCGGGCGAGACCGAGCCCCAGGAGGUCCGAGAAGGCGCGAGGGCCAGCUACGCCAGUCAGAGCAGCGGGCGGGGCAGCGCCGGCCUCUUCCGCCAGUCACUGUCCAUCACUCCCACUCUGCUCAGCUCCCCCGAAACCACCGAGGAGGGUCAGCGGCACAGAGCUGAGAGGAGAGCCAAAAGAAGGAACACAUCAGUAGAUGAGAGUUAUGAGUGGGAUUCUGCUGACGCGUGUGUGGACUCUGAAGUCCUGGAGGCCUUGAGGUUUGACCAGUCGCAAGCAGAUUUGGCGACAAGCGGAGGGAGGCUUGCGUGCGGUCAACCUGUCGGCCUCCAGGACCCGAGAACUGAAGCCUUCCCGGCAGUUUCCGACCCGCCUCGCAGCCCGUGCCGCCAGCCCCUUAGCGAGGCACGUUUCAACGCUCUCCGGCAGGAGUACCGUGAGUACCGGCGGGCUCAGAAGUCCGCGCGUUCCCACGAGUCCUACCCCGCCCCUGGACACGAUUGGGACUCUGACACCAACUCGGCGCUGCUCUAGAAGCAGAACUCGGUGCUCCUGAAACAGACGGCAAGUAGCAGACGCCAGCGGGGAAAAACUUAAAGGCAAAAGCUUCAAUCGUCCGUUCGAGUACGCGUUUUGUCACCUCACGGCAUCGUCUUGGUUUUGUUUCUGCUGAGAAGGGAUUAUUAUAUAUAUAUAUA